AUGCCCCUAUGCCGGCGCAAACGCGUCCUGCUCGUCGAACCCUCGCCCGCCCUGCUGGACGCCGUUAAGACGGACCCAAACAAAGAGGUGUUCUACCUGCGCCAGACGGGCGAGAUCUUCGAAACAUACGAUGAAUAUGCCUCGCGGAUGUCCUUCUACAAGGUCAAGCAGUUCCAAUGCGAAGUCACCGGCAAGAGUGGUUUGGACUAUUUCCAAGCUCUCGAGAGUGAACAUCAAGAGGCCCGCACGAUGCACUCCAGGUUCCCGGAGCCUCUCAAAGGUCCUGUACUCAAGGCUGUCCAGUGGCAGGUCAUGGGACGGUUGGACCACCUUGUCGAAGCCGUGUAUGACCGGUUCAAGGACCGCUACUUCAACGGCGAGAAGGUGCUCGUCGACUUCCAAGGCGAGAAAUACUCCGCCAAGGUCAUAAAGGUGUUCCCUCCCACUAAGUAUCCACCACGAGGAGCCGACGAAGAUACCGGGGAAAAACGCGCUUCCACGUCCGCUAGCCCAUCUGAAUCCUCCCUGUCGCCUGUGUCCGACGAGGAGCCUGUUCAUGUUGUCGCGAGUGACCUGAAGGUGUCCGUCAAGGACAGCAUAGUCAAGGACGACCCAAAUAUGUAUGUUUACAGGGUGCAAAUUCUGGAGGAAGAGAAAUCUGAGAAGAGCAAGUCUGCUGCGCGGGACGCGAUGAAAAGUAAGAUGAGUGGGGCGAUCAGGGAUGUGCAACCGUCGAGUCUGAGCCGAGACCGCCUUGCUUUCUCAAAAUCGAUAUUACGACGGUUCAUGCGCGAGUGUGUCGACCGUGCACCUGCGGUCGCGUCUCCAUGGACCGUGAAGCCAUCCAUCGCCGAGAAGUACGGAGUGAGCUCGAUAAUGCCCGAGGAGACAAGGAAAGGCGUCGAGAACCUCAAGAAUAAGGAAAUAGAAAAGAGGAAGAAGGUUUGGGAGGACAAGGAGGGACCGCCAUCCAAGAAACAGAAGAAGCCCAUACUGGGCCAAGAAGAUAAUAUGAGAGCGCUGGCAGACGCUGCGGAACGACGGGAACAGGAGGCUAAAGAGGCCGCCGAGAAGAAGGCCAGGGAAGAAGAGGAGAAGGCUAAGAAAGCUGAGGAGAAAAUCAAGAAGAAGCCUAUACGAUACCCCACAGAAGAUCUAGACGUGAGGUUAGGCGACAAGGAGAAAAAGGCCGGUAUGAAAAUCAAGCGACCAGUGCCUAGUCGUACUGCCCUUCCCUUUGGCGAGGAUAGGCAUACCUUCGAAAUGUUCCUGAUGGCAUGGAACUUCCUCGUGGUUUAUGGUCAACCGCUCCACCUAUCCAGUUUCACUCUAGACGAAUUCGAACACGCCCUUCAACACCCCGUGGCAGAUCCUGCUUGUCCCUUAUUAGGAGAGAUUCAUUCAACUCUAAUCUACAACCUCCGCACUGUCCCUUUCGUCCGACACAAUGCCAUAAUGUCUCUUCUGGAUCUUAAAGAGAACAUAGCAGAUGGGGAGCGCCCUGAUGAUCGCAUAGAGGACUCAUUCGGUGUGCCGAUCGCCACACUUGUGGAUGCAGUUGCAGACGUCGGCAACAACUGGGAGAGGGUUCCAUUGCGAGCCACUGAAGGGCGGGAAGGUUGGGAGGAUGCCCUUGUUGGCUGUCUCAAAGACCACGCCGAUAUUAAUAAGUUGCCCCGUCUGCGCGCCAUAUUCACUCAGCUCCUUUUUUCCCCAGAAUCUUCCCGGGAACCUUCACCUUCUACGUCGGCUUCUCCUCGGGCUGAGGCGACGGUAACCCCUCUGACCCGGCCCUCCCGGCCUAGGGAGCGAUACCAUGCGCUUCCUCCCAGAGAUAGGAUUGCCAUCCUGGCCUACAUGUGCAACCUAGCGGUAUCGAGCAAGGCUAUUCACAUGCACAUGGAAAGUUGUGAAGAGAAUUUGACGGCCCUGAGGAAAGAAAAGAUUGAGGUCAAUAGAACGAAGAAGGCUUACUUGGAGGAGAUGGAAAAGCUAAAUGCUGCGACCAACGAAAACGACAAAGCCACCGCCGCGAACGGGACAGACGGUGAUGCUGUCAUUCACGAAUCCAGCGAGCUGUCCGAUGCUCCGUCUGACGGCGGAUCAGACUCGGGAACUGCGAGUCGCCGUGAGUCCAAGCACCGGUAUCAAUCCUUAGCAUCAGCUCGCCUGAAAGCUAAGAAGAAAGAGGAAGAUCGAAAACAUGCUCUUGCGGAACAUCGCCGCUUGGACGAGGAGGUGAACAAGCUGGAGCGCAGGCUGGAAGGGAUCGAGCGGGAAUUCCGGAAGUUGCUUGGCGCUAUCAGGGUGAAACCUCUGGGUAGAGAUAGAUUCUUCAACCGCAUCUGGUGGUUCGAUGGAAUGGGGUCAGGCUCACUGUUGGCCAGCGGAGGUUCUGUGCAGUACGGGACUGGCAGAAUCUUUGUGCAAGGUCCCAGCGAAUUUGACGCUGAGAUUUUGGGCAGGCGCGACGAGAAAGAUGUGCUGGAGAGGCGGUUUGAGGAGGAAGGGGAAGAAGGCAUGCUGGGUGUUGGCGAAUGGGCCGUCUACAACACCAUCGAGGAGGUGGAUGAAUUCGUCGCAUGGCUAAAUCCCAAAGGUGUCCGCGAACUCGCACUCAAGAACGCAUUCACAAAGUGGUGGCCACAUAUUAACCCCGGAAUACGCAAGCGGAUGGCGGAUUUGGGCGCUAAUGCGAAAGCGGUGGAGGCGAGGCGCAGCUCACGUUCCAAAGUGGCCGCCACUGAUCUUUCCCGUGAACCCUACAUGAUGUGGACAAACCGGCGUGCCACAAAUGGAUCGUAACAGCCGAGACAUCCAUCUAUUUCGCUCAAACACCUCCCCCCCUCCCUUGCUUCACCUUUGGCUGCCCGUGUCUUCGUCCAUCUCCCUAUUUCGUGACACUGCAUCCAAUCAGCCUGCAUUGUAUAACCCAUAUAAUUAUUCUUGCACGAGUUCCCUAGAUCUCUCAUCGCUCUGUCUGCCCACCUCCCGUAGCAUGUAGAAUGACCUGCAACGACUACUCUCUAGAUAUGGACCAAGCUUCAGAUGUCUCCCCUC